GGUGCGGUGUGUUCGCUGGUCGCUAGGUUGACGCACAGCAGCAGCAUGUCGUGGUCCAAGAGCCUCGCUGUCAUACCGAAAAGCCUUGAUAUAAGCAAAAUAGAGGCGUAUCGCACGUCGAGAAGCGUCGGGAACCGCAAUGCACUACGCAGCCACAAGUUCGUCGCAGAAAGCUACGUCCAAUGCUCGACGAUUGAAACACGUUCAUUCACAACGCAGUAAGUAUCCUCGCUAUCAUUUUCUUUUCGCUUGCUUGCUAGCGUUUUUGUUGUUAAACGAUACAACGACCGUUCAUAAGGCACACAGGCUGAUUCACAUGCGUUUGCGAAGUGAUAUGUUGCCGUGCAGAAGGAUAACGUGUCGCCCGAUAUGACAGCUGUAAUGAAUGCGUUUAUGCUGGCGCCAGCAGAAGUUAACUUGUACUUCUUACUUCGAUGCAGUGAUUCCACGCUCGUGCGCGUACGUGCUAAGUGCUUCAGGAGCCAAAAGAAGACAGCAACACCAUAUGCCGUGACCGCCCUGCUGACGCACGAUGGUUUUGUGAAAGAGUGUACAUGCGAGUGCGCAGCUGGAGAAAACGGCACAUGUCACCAUGUCAUGGGACUUUUGAAAGUCCUUGUGCUACUUCUUGAUAACGGGUAUGCAGAGGCUCCGCCGGAAAUGUCAUGUACGGAACUGCCACAAAUCUGGAGGAGGCCCCGGGGGCACAAAAUACCGGCUUCUAGCGUCGACGAAAUUGACUGGAGAGCCGCACGGCCAGACGGUCUUUCUUACCCGCUCCAAUCGCGUCUUUAUGAAGCCAGGAAAAGACCAAGGAGCGUAGAAGAUGUUCAAAAAGCUGCGAGGCAGUUCGCAAGAGAGAUGGCUGCACAUACUGCGAGUCCACUUCUGGAGCACUGGCAGUCUGCAACGCUAAAGAAAGCAGACAGUUUGUUUGGCGAGACGUGUGAAGGCAGCCUCUUGUGGAGUCAGAAACCACUUGUACCACAUGACUUCACCACCUAUUUAUGCCCAGAAAUUCAGGUUGGGGUGACUACAGAGUUGACACCCAUGCAGCCAGCAUUUUUUCCAGAACCCUUAAACACUGUUGUGUCGUGCGUGGGCCUGCCACCAAUGCAGCAGGCUGUAAUCGAGGCAAGCACAUACAUGCAUGUAGCAUGCCGGCAUUUAGCAUGGAAUAAAGCACAGGAAACAUGAGAACCUUG